UCUCAAAUCCUGACGGAGGCAAACAUCUCCAUCCUCCUCCUCCUCUCAGCCCCCUCCUCUUCCUCUCAAGACUGAGGAUGAGUAAUCCAGCCGGUGAGGGAGGGGAGACGAGAGAGGUGCGCACACAGUUAGGGAGAGAGAGGGGGAGGAAGGGAGGAGACCAUUGCAUCAUCACCAUCAUCAUCAUCAGUGAACGUGCAAAACGACAGGCUGAGAAUUCAAAAAACCAUCCUGCUGAGCUGAGUCUGAUCGGAGGAGGCUAAUUCCUGAGCACUCACUGCCAGCGCAGGAGGAAGGAAUCAGGAGAACAUAAUCUACGUUUCACUGAAACACCUGGACUGCACCGCUGAGAGAGGGAAGGAUUUAUAUUUAACCUCCUUGCAUCUGGCUGACCCACAGGGAUGAAGCAAAUUCGUGGAUUAAACGCUGAGUGAGUCAUCCUUUCGUUUGGAGGACAUGAUCGUACACCAAGAAGCAACCAGCACAUCUUCCUGCCCCCUCAACAUGUAACAGUCCAGGGACAGAGAGCAGACUAAUAUCUGGAUCCAUCUCAGUGACGGGACUCACUGCUGUCCGUGUUGGACACACUCCUCUCAGGACCUGGUUUAUCAGUGUGUCGGCAUGUUUUGCUUCUGCCUGCAGAGUUCCCUGCUUAAGCUCCAGGCUCUGGAUGUGGAGGGAGGGUCCUCACGGGGGACGUCCCCAGAGGAGAGCCCCCCUGCCCUGGACAGCAAGGAGCAGAAGAGCCCCUGCGUCCCCGUCGAAUUGGGGGGGAAGGACGGGAGGACAACAGCUCUCUGCCACAGAGCCCCAACAGAUGAGAACCACCCUCCAGAACUCCUGACGGUCCUGACCAGACCUUCACAACCCCCAAGACACCAGCCGUUAGCGUCCAUCCAUCUCAGCCAGCAGCCCCUGGUCUCCGAUGGGACAUUGUCCCCCAGUCCUCAUCACUCCCCACAGAGGAGCAGCCCUGGGGGUGAGGUUGGAGGAGGAGGUGACGGAUCGGAGGGGGGAGGAGGAGGAGGAGGCGGAGCUCUCCUCCAGCUGCUGGCAGGCCUCCCCAGCCCCCUACCCUCCCCACGCUGCUGUAGCCCCAGCCUGAGGUUCAACUCCGACCCAGAUACGGCUCCAUCGCCACCCUGCAGCCAGCAGUACAUGCUGUGCAGGAGUCUCGGGGACAGGACUGAGGUUUCAGAGGACGAGUGUCCAGCGUCCAUCCCUUUCCUCACCCGACACAUUCAGAGCCUGAAGAAGAGGGUUCGCAGGUUUGAGGAUCAGUUUGAGCAGGAAAUGAACUACAAGCCGUCCCACAACGAUAAAUACUCAAACCCGGAGAUGAUCAGAGUGAUGGGUGAGCUGGCAAAAGCUCGCAAACAACUUAAAGAGUUGAGACUUCGACAGUCGGUGUUUGAGUCAAAGGAGCAGGAAUCCAGCGAAACAUGCAGAUCGGGUUCCGGCCAGCAGGGGGCGUCGGACCACAAACCAUCUCUAGAGGAAACUGUGGAGUCUCUGUUCAGGCGGCUGAGAGAAAAGAGACAGUCUCUGGGUCUCCCUGACAACAUGAAGGAGAUGACGCAGGCACAGAUGGUCCUGGAGAAGAUCACACUGCAGAAAUGUUUGCUGUACUUUGAGAGUGUUCACGGCCAACCAGGAACGAAGCAGGAGAAGAACCUGGUGAAGCCUCUUUAUGACCGCUACCAGAUGGUCAAACGGUUACUGUGUGCCAGCCCCACCAUCACCACCAUAGAGGAAGAGGAGGGCUCAGAUGAAGAGUCUCUGACCUCCUCGGUGGUUAGUGAUGUUCUAGUGCCGCCUUCUUGCAGAGCGACGUGGCCAGCCGCCAACGAGGAGGACAGCGACCGGGACAGCGACCCGGCCUUCGUGUCCCCAAUAGACGAGGUGAAAGCCGUCCGCCAGCAGGGCGCUCUUACCACGGCCAACCUGCACGAAGCGUCCAGGUCUCAGCUGCURGAGUGUUUACGGCAAACCAGAGCUGAGAAGAAGAUCAGGAGGAAAGUUCUGAGGGAGUUUGAGGACGAGUUUUACCGCCAGACCGGACGGGUCUGCCAGAAGGAGGACCGCACUCCGAUAAAGGAGGAAUACCAGGAAUACAAACAGCUCAAAGCCAAACUGCGGCUGCUGGAGGUUCUGCUCAGCAAACAGGACGUCACCCAAACCCCCUGAAGGCAAGCAACAGAUGUAAACUACGAAAAAAARGGGGAAAAAAACUGAAUCAGAUGUUGAAAAUUAGUGCCAUACGUCAGACAGGACCAUAACUAUAUAUCUUCAAGAUAGCGGUGUUUCGACACAAUGUUUGAAAUGACUCUGACCCGUUUUCCACAUGUUUCUCACACAUUUCGGGCGUGUUUCCAACAUGUUUUCAGGUAUUCAGUCUAAUUUGUCUUCAGCAUCAGUUCAACAUAUCGCACAAGUGCAAAAUCCAUUUACGGCGUCAUUCAUCCCACAGCGGUUUUCUGACGUCUCUACAGAACUUCCAUGCGUGCUCGCAGAGUUUAUACGGUUUGUCGUUUGAUCGACGGUAGACAUGUUCGUAGUGUGUUUAAAAGGUUGUCCUCUUGUGUGUUUGAAGUGUUGCCUCUGUGUGUCCGUGUGUCUGAAACUGUGUGACUCUGUGUUGGACGUUUCCGGCGUGAGCCACUCCCGCUUCCUCCUCCCCAUCCCCUCCUUCCCUCUUAAACUGCCGUUAAGCUGAUCAGUCAAAACGCCCGGACUUUGGUCGCACACCGAAACUUCAGUCUAAGUGACUUCUGCUCCGGUCUAGGCCCAGUUUAAUAUGAACAAACAUUCCUUCAAUCUCAGACGUUCAUUUUUUUUAAAAUAAACGAGUCUGAGCACGUUUUCAUUUGUGAAGAAAGUUGCACAGAUGGUUGAGAUGCUUUCAUUUUAUUUUACCACAUGAAGACGACCAACCUUUAAAAAAAUAGAUCAUCAGAUCCACCUUAUUCCUGGCUGUGGGAUUAACUAUAUUAGUUACUUCUAGCACAAUAAUGGCAGCUGCUUCAAAAUGCUUCGUUUUUGUACGUUUUAACAAAAAUCACACACCAACAAGCUGCAUCUCAAACAUGUCUGAACAUGUCUACUUUUAGCAAUAGUUACAACUAUCCGACAAAGCUUGACCAUAUAUUGGUUAUUUUAGAAAUGAUUGCUAAAAAAUAGUCUAAUGCACAACUAAUGUCUUAAGUCACUUAAAAACAUUGAAAUAACCAAAUGAAUCCUAUAUUAAGUAAUAUUUUCUUUUUCCCUUCACUGCGACCGUCACAGAAUCUGACGAGACGGACACAUAUUUAAUUUUAUUUCAUUCGAGUUCAUCCUGAAAGUACUGGCAUGAUGAUGUUAUUCAAAUCCAAAAAUCACAUUUAACUUAUAAAGGCUGAUGUUCCCACAUGUUUUUAAUCACUAUUUGCUCUAACAGAGACGGCUUGUUUACAUGCUAAAAUGUUACUUAGUGAAGUUUUCARYAAUCUAUGAAAAAGCAUCACAGCAUCCAGGAAUAAAGUGGAUCGGUAAGCAAGUUUCUCAAAGCAGAUAAACAAAGAUUAAUAAUGAAAAGAAAGAUAUAUAAAAAAAAUGUGUAACUUAAAUAUAUAUAUUUUUAAUAGCUUUGCUUCAAAAUUAAAAACAGUAAAUAACAUAUAAGGUUAUUUUCGGUUAUUCACUGUUUGUAAUCAAAAUUCAGUUUGCGUUCCAACAGACUGGAGAAAUAGCUCGACUGUGAAGCCACACUAGUUUUUACAUUUAUAUUUUUUGAAAUAUAGUUUUAACAUUUGUGCCUUUAAUAAUCACGGUGGUAUUAACAACGUUGACAAGAAGCUGUGACUCAAAACACGAGAACAAUCUGUUACGCUUUUUAGCUCCGGUUUAGGGAAGAAAAUAUUAGUUUUCAAUCCGAACGAGAUGCUUCCUAUUAUAAAAUAGAACCAAAAGAUUAGAAUUAUUUUUUAACUAUUCAGUUAUAUUUAAAUAUAAUGUUUGUCGCUCUUUGGUCAGAAUGGUUUUGAGAGGAAAACAUCGGAGGGAUCCUCCGCUCCAGCGUCAUCGAUGUACAUGUGACGUCACUUUAAGUGCAGGAGGACGUCCAUCGCUCAGUGUUUAAUCCGACUGCUGAAUGAACAGAGAUGCAUGUUUUAAUACAUCCAAGCACUUUAAAAAAAAAAAAAA